AUGGCCCGCCGGGGAUGGGCGGUCAGACGCGGCAGAAUCGCUCGUGGAUCGGGACAAGCUACAACAUGCUCUGCUGAUGGGGCCAUACGUCUAUCCUCUGCUAUGAUGUCUUCAGAGUGUUCUCCAGCAGACAACCCAGCGAAACGGCCCUCAAGGAGAGGGAUCCGGGGAAAGUGGAGCGAAGAGCAACUGUUGACAAGUGAGAAAUCGAUUCUUAUCGACGCAGACUUGGUGAAGCUUCUCGCCAAACCGGAAUCUUGGAAUAUCCUAGAAGAAGAGGAGAAACGCGAGAUACUAGCUCUCCUCCCCGCAGAUAUCCACCCUGAUGCCGAGCUCCUGUCCGACGCGCCGGACGCAAAUAUCCCACCACUUCCAGAGUCCUUUGUCCGGUAUUCCAAUAAUUGGCGCGAUGGAAUCCGACAAUUCCAGUUAGACCUUCAGCACGGCCAUUAUGAUCCUGAAUGGCUGCGCCAGGCGGAGAUGGCCAGGCGAGCGCGAGAGAACGGCGACUUCGACAAUUUCAAGGAACGCGAGUUUGAGCAAUUUUGGGGUCAAAAACAGAAGACCACUGAUCGUGAUGCUGCCGGUGAAAGUGCCAAAGUAAAACUCACGCAACUCACCGAGGCGGGCGUAUUUUUGCCCGGCGAUACCUGGAGAUUCACCUAUGUUUUUGGUAAAGGAGCUGAACGCAUCAUCAUCGACAAGGAAGUACGGGUAUGUUCAAAUGGAGUACUGACUUCGAAUUGUCUAUUUACUGAUCAUUAUCAGGUGCUUGAGAUCAAUGGCUCAGACCUAACCUUCGUGAUUCCUCCUGGUCAACAAGUCUUUCUUUCCGGUAAUGGCUUUAAAAUCCCCCCAGAAUUGCCCGAAACACCGGCAACUCAAGAAUCGACGUAUCUAAAGGGGGCUACAGAGUCGAAAACGGUCCUGGAGGCGACCCCGGCUGAAGGAAUUGUGAACCGCGAGAUAAACAACGAUCUACCAGAAACGACCACGAAGCCAAGAACGGAGUACUCAAACAUCAGCAAUAGUAGCGUUCAAGUUGUGAUUGUCAGUUCCCAAAAUGGAUCACAACCUGCAGGUGAAGGGCAUAAACGCUCGCUACCUCAAACCAUUCCAGAGCCCCCGGCGAAACGGAAGCGGGGACGCCCUCGCAAACACCCGAUUGUUGAAACGAAUCCGGGACUUGGCGAGAAGCAAACCGAGGAACAGGGCAGCACCAAAGCAUCUCCUUUUCCCUCCGACAAAGAGACGCCUUCAGUCGCAAUAAUGAAUUCUGCGUCUGUGGCACCUGAUCAUCUGCCUCCUACGAACGAAGGAAGCGCGAGAGCUACCACAUCUAUCGAAUCACCAAGUACUACCGAAUACUCGAAAGCGAUUGAAGAAUUACAGCCUACAGACUCCCCAGCACCUGAAGCAACUGUGGACGAUGGUCCCCUAUUAUCUCGAUCCACCGCUGGCGGGUCGGACGAGAUCAUCCUUCAACAUAUUUCCUCGCCCAUGGUCCUUGUCCACCAAAUCCUGAAAAUUGAUGGCCGCCGGCCUAACAGUCGCACUGCCAACUCCUGGAAAGAGCUUCGGUGCUACCGCAAGAACCAGGAUAUAGGCAGCCUAUUCGAUAUCAGGCAGGCCUGGUAUCUCAAACAAAGCAAGAAAUGA